AUGUGCCACCACACCUGGCUUCAGUGUAUUUUGAAAUCUUGUUUUACUAUUUUUCCCCACCUAUAAAACUUUCCUUGGGAUCAGGGUGUCUCAGUGGUAGAGCACUUGCCUAGGGGAUGUGUGAAGCCCUGGGUUUGAUCCAUAGCACCACAAAAUGCAAAGCCACAAACCCUCUCCUCCAGUCUUUCCAAAGGUCACCAGUUGUUCUUCCUGCUUUUGAUGUUCUAAAUGGCUUUAGUUCUGAACUGCAUGGAUGUGCUUUGUGUGUUUUGGGCAUGGGUAAGUACCAGCCUCAUCCUACCUACUUACUCAGUUCAUGAAAAGCACUGUGCCAGGAAGGGCAGGACAACCUGCAGCCCAUCCAGGCCUCACGUUCUAUGUGGGCUGGCUGCUGAGGAAUUGGCUGGGCAGAUGAUGGCCAGGUUGUCCCACAAGAGGGUCCAGUGUUCCCCUGCAGAUCAAGUCCCUUGCCUGAAGAAGCAGGUAUGGGGUGUCUGACACCAUAACAGGCUGGAAGGGCACCCAGGACCCAGCCCUGGGUGCUGGCAGGGGGUGGGGUGAGAGUGUGGCCCAAGUCAGUCCAGCUUCUUUCUUGGCCUCACCUGGUAGGCCCUUUGAGGGCUGGGAGCCGGGGACUUCUGCACACUUUGCUUCCACCCCUUGUUUCUCUGCGGAAGCUGGCCCAUCAAGUAGGUUCAUUCACUCAGCUCCAAGUUCUGCCACAUCAGAAUGGGACAUCAGGAAGGCAGUGUGUCCACAUCCACACAGUCCUUAAGUGUCACCCUUGAGAUGGCCAAGGACCCAGAAAGUACCCUGUGCUCAGACCCCACUGUAGCCUUUGCCUAGGGACCUUAUGGGAUUUUGGGGUUCCAGAAGCCAUGUGAGGUGGGUGUGGUGCUCUCAGAGCCAGCGGACAGUGGAGUCCAAGCCAGGGAGGGGCCCAGCAUGCUGUCUUGGUACUCCUGACCUCAUAGAGGUGGUAUCUGACCCUUGUGGGGUCCCCUGGAGCUGAGCCCCUGUCCUGUGUUUAUCUGACCACCUCCGUGUCCUAACACUUGGCAUGGAGGCAUCUUCUUAGUGGAAAGGUCCCUGCACUGAGCUCUGGGCUGGGCUCAGCAGUCCCCUGUCUCCCAGAGGCCCAGCCAGUGGCCUCUUCCCGCCACCUUCCUUUUCCGUUGGCCCCAGGGCCCCCAGGGAGCCCGUGAGGGGCGGGAGGGGUGUCCUGUGUGGGAAUGUGAGCAGGCUCUGUAAACAGCCAGUGACUCACCACAUAACUAUGUCACUGACGCUGGCCAAGCUGGAAGAGAGAUGCCCGCCCUCCUCCCUGGGCACGGGAAAGUUUCUCAGGGCGCUCCCAGGGCCCUCACGCCUAUAGACCCUCACAGGGUGGUGGGAGCUGUGGCCUCUCCAGUGUCACUGUACCCAAGCCAUGAAGUGGGAUCACUCAGCUGCUCUUGUCCCAUUCGGGCCCAGGUAUAAUUUCCAAACGGCUCUGCCCUAGUGACUGUGCCCAGGUUAUGACGACGAAUCCCAAACCGAAUAAGGCAUUAAAGGUCAAGAAGGAGGUGGGUGAGAACGCCCCAGUGCUCAGCGAUGAUGAGCUGGUGUCCAUGUCAGUACGGGAGCUGAACCAGCACCUGAGGGGGCUCACCAAGGAGGAGGUGACGCGCCUGAAGCAGCGGCGGCGCACGCUCAAGAACCGAGGCUACGCGGCCAGCUGCCGCAUCAAGAGGGUGACACAGAAGGAAGAGCUGGAGCGGCAGCGAGUGGAGCUGCAACAGGAGGUGGAGAAGCUGGCCCGAGAGAACAGCAGCAUGCGACUGGAGCUCGACGCCCUGCGUGCCAAAUACGAGGCCCUGCAGACCUUUGCCCGCACUGUGGCCCGUGGGCCCAUCACACCCACCAAGGUAGCCACCACCAGCGUCAUCACCAUCGUCAAGUCUGCCGAGAUCUCCUCCACUUCUGUGCCCUUCUCGGCUGCAUCCUAGUGCCUACUGGGGCCGCGUCCCCAUGCCUGCCCCUGGAUCUCUGGCACGAACUGAGCAUCUGUGUGCUGUGGACCCCUUGGGGCCAAGGGCAGGGAGAGCAGGACUGGUGGCCGGCCCAGGAUGGAGUGUAGGCUCUUGUGAGCCGGCACCACCCGCCGCCCGCCCACAUGCACACCCACACCCACACCCACACUCACGCCACCCCUUCUCCCUAGAUGUGUCUGUUUGCAGGAACUGGUGGAGUCCUAAGGCACUGCAUCCCUACACUGUGCCAAGCAGCUGUGGCUGGGUGAGGAGUGCAGUUUCCAUGCCUCUGUGAGUGCCCUGUUGGCCCCGUCCUACCAACCAGCCCCACCAAGUUCUGGCCACCCUGAGGGGCCUGUUGGCAGCUCCAGUCUUCCAAUUGUCCCCAUGGAAAUGCGCUGUGACCUGCUUUAGCUCUUAGGUGUGUGUGCAUGUGUGUGUGUGUGUGUGUGUGUUCAUCUGCCUGACAUCACAGCACCCAUUGCUGUAGCACCAGCCUUGGGGGAUCAGCUCGGUUGGGCAGGUGGGAAGGACCUGGCAAGUACGUGUCAGAGAGUAAUGUGCAUGUUACGGAAGGUCCCUGUGUUUUGUGACCCAAGAAGGUCACUGAAAGAGGUGCAGGAUCCAGUCUUUAGGUGGAAAGGGGAGUCAGAAGUUUUCCGCCAGUCGGUGGGGAGCAGGCUUAGGCUCGCUGGAGUCACUGCUCACCAGCUGUACUCAGUGUGUGGGAGACAGAGGGUCUUUGGGGGGGGCCUGCUGGGAAGGGCUUCCUUGGUCAGGAGAAGAGGUUGUUAAAUUUGGAGGUGACAAUGAAGGACAUUCUGUGGCUUUAGGGAUAUUGGUGGACAUGGAGUUGGCUGUGGAGGCUGUUCUGUGGCACAGGCCAGGGGCCCCUAUAGUUCCCGUUGCUGGGGGAAUCUGAGCAGUGAGGUAGGGAGGAUGGGGCAGGAGGCAGAGAGGAAACCCAGGUCCUGGGAAGUGGAGGAGGCCUGGGCCAUGCUGCACAGGGGUCAGAGGGCACUAGUCAGGAUAGUGUUGUUACAUCCAAGGCAGUUAGGUUGUGGGUAGGGAGUGUGGUGCUUAACUGUCAUUGGAACCUCCUGCUCUUGCUCUGUAGAGCUUUGAGCUGCUGAUGCUCUUGGAAUCCUUCUGGCUUCCUUCCCCUCAGCAUCCCCACAGGGUCCCUCUGGGAUAGGGCUUCAGUAGGGCCACCAUCAUGAGCUGGUGGGAUGCCAGCCCUGUGUCUUGCCACCAGAAGCCCUCAUAUGUGAUAAGCAGGGGUAGUGCAGGGGAUUCUGUUUCCCUUAUGGCUUGCCCUCCACCUACACAGUGAGACCCCCUAGAAGCAAGUGCACUUGCAGGGUGUUGGCCACAUUGGGAGGAGGGCAGUGGACAGCCCCAGAGGACAGACAGCCCCAAGGGCUGUGACCUGGUUGUGUGUCUACUGUUAGGAGUGGAGGAAGUAUCUGGGAGUCUGUGGAAGCACUGAGGUGCAGCUGGUCAUCCUCCCAGCCCCAUGGUACUGAGGGCUGGCUGGGCUACAGACCAAGGCCCGUGGGAUCCACAAAGAGCAAAGGCCCCUACUGGGCACUUAACAAAAGCUGUCAAUACCAUAGCCAGGGUAGGUAAUCCAUAUUGGAUAUCAGUAAGGACCAUGGGGAAUUAUUUAAAGAGAGAAGAAUAUAUAUAUAUAUAUAUAUAUAUAUAUAUAUACACAUACACACACAUUUUAUCUUACAGAUUUUUCAUAAUUUUUUUUCCCAGUUUGGUAUUGUAGAUCUUUGUUAGAGCAGAGCUGUGGGGGGAUGGUGGGUGGGGUGGGGCAAAUCGCCCUCCUUCCUGGCUUCUGCAAGUUGGCCGCUCGCCAUGGAUGGAGGCCCAAGAUGCCCAAGCCCUCUCCUUGGUCUUCCUGCCUGCAGAUGGUGCCAGGCACACUGGGCUCUGGAGAAGGCCUGGCCCUGCAGGUGCUGUGCUUGGCCUCCCAGGGUAGGCCAUAGCAAUUACAAGUUCUGUCCAGUCCUGGGAUCCAUGUCCCCAUCUCAUACGACACAGAGGCGGGUGACCACUGUCCGUGGUUUGCUGCCCAUUGCUGGCCUGUGAUGCUCAGCUUGGGGUGUGGGAAGUGCCCUGACUUUGGCUUCAGGGUGGACCGAACCAUUGUUCCUGCCCAGAGCCUCAGUCCAGGGCUUGGGAAGGAAGCAGCACCUUCUGCUUUUCUUUUCAGACCCUUGAAAUUUCAUUGUCACAAUUUAAUAUAUGUGUUUUUGUUUUUGUUUUUUAAGAAGAAAGACAAGGACCUCUUUGUUGGUUUGUUUUCUGUCUGGCACCUUGGACUUCCCAAAGAAGGCAGGGCCGUGCCUGCCAGGCAGCUGGAACACAUGUUCAUUGCACAGCCCUGUCUGUCAUGGCCACCUGCUACUCGCAGUUCAUUUAAAUAUUUAUUUGUGUGCUACUUUUUCCCAAUAUAAAUUAUUGAGAAGAGAUCAUAUGCUGUGGACCUUCAUCUGUGCCCACCCUGCCCCUGUCUUAUGGCUCCCACCUAAUUUAUUGCUGUAUAUGUGGCCACUGUGACUGCUUUUGUACCUUUGCAAUAAAGAAUCUCCUGGUUUCAGGUC